GGUAGGUUUUUAGGAAUGGCGGGAUCGUAUUUAUGAUUUUAGUUUAACAUGACCGUUAAAAACAGCAAUCAGUCCAGCUGUCAUAAGAAGAACAGGGAGGCUAUACUAACAUGGAAACGGAGGAAGUAGUGGCUGAGGCACCUGCAGAACCAACAACCGAAGUCAUAGAUGCAAAUACAGAGGAAAGCAAAGAGCCCACAGAAAGCACAGACAUUCAGAAUCAUGUCACAGAUGAAAACAAAGAGGGAGCUGUAACUGAGAAGGAGGGCGAGUCUUCCAAAGACGUCGACAAACCACCUUGUGACUGGUUGGAGCCACUCGAAGAAGACUGUGACGAUGUCGAUUCCCCGAGCGUUGAUGGAGAAGUAGAGAGCCUUGUGGGGAGCGAAUGGAGCGGCAGUGUGGUUAGUGUUAGGAAAAGCACUGGAGAGAGAGGUGGCAGAGGUGUUGGGAGACCGAGGAGGAGAGCACAAUGCGAGGUAGAUGAAGAAUGGGAAGAUUGGCCAUCAUUAGGGCAAGGAUGGAAACGCAAACAGGUUUUUCGUCGGUCAGGCACCAGUGAAGGACGUAGUGAUACAUACUAUAUGAGUCCAAGAGGUCAUAAAGUAAGAAGUAGGGUUGAGCUUGUGAAAUAUAUAAGUCAAUCUGUGGACCUCACAAAUUUUGAUUUUAAAACGGGCCAGUUUCUUGGUGAAGAGCCUCGAAGAAGAAAGAGAAGGAAACUGGAUUCUCCCCAGGCACACUUUUCUGUACCCAGUUUUCCAAAUGAAUUGGCAGAUACAGGUGGUGCAGCUGGCAAUCCAGGAUCUUCAACUAGUCUCAGCUAUGGUACAGCUCCGAAGUUGAGCACAUAUUCAAUCCAAAAGGGUGCCAAUACAGUGACCACUCCAAAAUGCAAUACCUAUUCUAGUCCUGAGACAAAUACCGCUUUAUCAAGUGCCACUGCACAACUUACUAUUGAUCUAACUGAAGAUUCUGCGAAUCCAGCUCCUCCUCCUCUGAGCGGUUCAGUGUCUGUGGCCCCAGAUAGGCCCAUCAAUGGUGCCAGUGGAAAUCCACAAAAAUGUUUUGGUGUCUGCCUAAGAUGUCAUAAAACCUAUACUUUUGAACAGGGACAAACUAUGUGCCAGAAUUGCAGGCUAAAGGGUAACACAUCAAUAAUAAGACGAAGACAACCCUACAAAAAGUGGGUUCCAUGUGGCCGAUGCCGGGCUUGCCAAAAUACAGUGGACUGUGGAAAAUGUGUUAGUUGCAGAAAUGCUCGGCUACGCCUUCGACUCAAUAUCCACUCUCGUAAAGUCAUUAAGUGUCGCAAACGGAAGUGUUUGCGCCCCAUCCAUAAAGAGAGGGCUGUAAAGGCAUCAGAGUGGCAGUUUCCAAACAUGGCCAGAUCACUAAGCACAGCUUCAAAUUUUUCACAACCCUCAGUCUCAGAUGAUUUUGAGGAAUCACAGAGCUCCUAUCUGCAGUACAGUGACUCAGAGGAUCUGUCUAUGUUCUUUGGGGGUAAUGAUGGUGACAAUGGCCUGGAUGAGAUGGGUGUACCAAAAGUACGUCGCCGUUCCUGUGGGAAGUGUAAAGGCUGCGUUCGCCGUACAGACUGCGGAAGCUGUGAUUUUUGCAUGGACAAACCCAAGUUUGGAGGCAGAAAUAAGAAAAGACAGAAAUGCCGUCUACGACAGUGUCAAAGAGAGGCGAUGAAGCAUUUGCUGCCUAUGGAUGAAGCGGAGAUGCUCUUUUCUCAGGGCUGGGUUACACACGGCAGGCCACGGUACACAUAUGGACGUAGUAGACCCAGGUCCAAAAAGUUGUGGCAUUUUGAGGUUUCAGAUAACGAGGCUGAAUCGUAUGUGCCAAAGGCGCAUACCUCAGGUGUUGCCCAGGUGCUGAAUCGGAACAGGCUCCUUCAUUCCAGUUACAAUAGAAAGGCUUAUGUUUAUACUGAUGUUGCUAACAGUCAUUUGAUGAACAACAUCCCACUCUACAAUCCACAGAAAUUUGAGAAGAUGAGCCCCCAGCUGCGCAUAGGACGGGCGGAGAUGAUCAGAGAAAAUGGGCUUCAAGUCAGUGGUAUCAGUAGCAGAGCCCUUCUGUCUGUGAGACCAGAGUUUCUUCCUAUGGCCAUUCCACCAAACUGCCCUGGAGAGAGUUUGAGGGAAGGGAAUCGAUCACAUGGAUCGGCAGGUCAGGAACCAUGUCAAGAGGAGCAGCAGGAGGACGAGUCUUGUCCGUCGAUUACUCAGAUAUUCAGCAUGGCAGACAAUGACCCCACCAUCCAAGGCAUCGACAUCAAUCAUGAACUGAUGCCUCUCCUGAGAUCUCUUCGAAGCAUGGUACUUCCUGUCCUCUGGUUCUGUGUUGUGGUGGAAGGCCCUCAGUUACAGCUGAUGCAGUGCUCCAAGCGCUCCACUAUGGCAGACACCAUUAUUCAUAUUGAGCCCAACUUCCACUACCACAUCAGCGUCCAGGGACAGCCGCUCCUGCCCACCCACAGACUCUACGACAGCCACCCGUCUCGUCUCACCACUACAAAAGAGAUUGUUGCCUUCCUCGAGGACCUAGAAAGGUACGCGGUCUGCCAGGGCUUAGGGCAUAAAAAAUCCACGACUGGGUCAGAGCCUGUGGUUCCUGAACGGGCAGCUACCUGUGACUUCCUCGUUUUUUCAGAAACGGAACGCUGUGAAAACUGCAUAACUCAACAAAAAGUAUAGAGAGACUAUUCAGCACAUGGGAAUUGGUCUUCAAGUAAUACAUCUUCUAUUUUCUAAUUUUGAACUAUUCUAGAAUAUCUUUCGACUAUAUAAAUAUUAGAGCACUUUUUUUUU